CAUGGCGCUCACUCACUGCCGAUUCUGGUCUCUCUAGCAACCCAGGAGCACUUUCCCUGGUGGGCCCAUGGGGCAGAGUCUGCAGCCAGAGCCGUCCGGGGAGAGGAGCGGUGGAAGGAAGCCGGCUGAGACGGCCGGGGAGGGGUCUGAGCUGGAACACGGCCUCUGUGUGAUUGUGGACAGCUUCUACAGAUACGCCGAGGGCCCGCCUGGAGCGAAGGCGCUGGACCAGGCGGCUUUCCAGAACCUGCUCAGCAACGAGCUGAGCCAUCAGCUCACGAACACAGAGGUCGAGGCGGCCGUGAUGCGCACGUUUGAGAAGUUAGAUGCCAACAAAGAUCAGAAAAUCUCCUUCGACGAGUACUGGCAACUCAUCGCCUGGAUUUGCCAAGUGAUCCGGCGCCGCGAUUAUAACGAGUAG